AGAAGGGAAAUGGAAAAACUAUUUUAUGUGUAGAUUUUAAGGCUCAUAAUACUUUAUGGGGAAGUAAAAGGACAGGUGAACAAGGGUAUGUUAUGUUGGUAUGUAACUUCUCGGGGUGCGGUGGUUUGUCAGGACUGCGUCUCUCUCUCUCCGGCUCUGGUCUGUAGAGGGGCGUGUGCAGAAUAUUACAUCCAUCCUCAGUCCUGCAGCUCCACUAAAGCACUGAGAAUUUGCAGUGUCUAGAUAUUCUUUGUCAUCCUCAUCACCCUUUUCUCUCAGAGCAAAUCUUCUCUCUCUCUUUCUGCCCUUCACUUGCAUUUCUUCUCGUCUCUCCAUCAUCAUGUCGUCAAACAGCGCAGACGGGGACUUGCUGCAGAUCCCUCUGGGGCUCAUCAACAGCGAAGGCAAGUAUCUGACAGCGGAGACCUUCGGUUUCAAGAUCAACGCGUCGGCCAGCAGCCUGAAGAAGAAGCAGACCUGGACGCUGGAGCAGACCGGGGAGGACGGCAGCGCCGUCUUCCUCAAGUCCCACCUGGGCCGCUACCUUGGCGCGGACAAAGACGGCAACGUUACCGCGGACAGCGAGACACGCGGCCGAGACUGCCGCUUCGUCAUCACAGCGCACGACGACGGGCGGUGGUCGCUGCAGUCUGAGCCCUUCGGCCGCUUUCUAGGAGGCAGCGAGGACCGGAUCACCUGCUUCGCGCAGACAGCUUCUCCGGCAGAGAGAUGGAGCGUUCACCUGGCCGUGCAUCCGCAGGUGAACCUUUACAGCUUUGCGCGGAAACGCUUCGCCCACCUGAGCGCCCAGGAGGUGUCCAUAGACAGGGACGUCCCCUGGGGCGUCGACUCGCUGGUUACGCUCGUCUACCGAGAUGAGCGCUACCACCUGGAGACCUCCGACAACCGGUUUCUGCGCAACGAUGGCAGCCUGUCCGCAAAAACGGACAAGGACACCGGCUACAUGCUGGAAUUCCUCUCAGGGAAAGUGGCAUUCCGUGACUGCAACGGCCGCUACCUGGCACCGGUGGGCCCCACGGGGACAAUGAAGAGUGGGAGGAGCGGCCGGGUGGGAAAAGAUGAACUGUUUGGCCUGGAGCGCAGCCACGCUCAGGUGGUGCUGACUGCGGGCAACGAGAAGAAUGUCUCUACGAGGCAAGGCAUGGAUCUGUCAGCCAAUCAGAAUGAGGAAGGGGACCAAGAAGUGUUCCAACUGGAGAUGAACCGUGAAGACAGGAAGUGUGCCUUUAGAACUGCUGCUGGGAAAUACUGGACCCUGACAGCAACUGGAGGACUGCAGUGCACGGCUUCCUCCAAAUCUGCUAACAGUUACUUUGAACUGGAGUGGCGUGAGGGUCGGGUGUGCAUUCGUGCAGCCAACGGGAAGUAUGUGACUGCCAAGAAGAACGGGCAACUGGCUGCUGCAGUUGACAGUACAGGGGAGGCUGAGCAGUUCCUGAUGAAGCUGAUCAACCGUCCAAUCAUUGUCCUGCGUGGAGAACAUGGUUUCAUUGGAGCUCGCAAAGCUGGACUUCCAACCCUCGACUCCAACCGGGCCUCCUACGAUGUUUUCCAAUUGGAGUUUCAUAACGGUGCUUAUUCCCUCAAAGACUCCCAGGGAAAGUACUGGUGCGUCGGAGACGACUCAGCAGUGGUGUGCAGCAGCUCCACUCCUGUCCAGUUCCUGCUUGAGUUCUGUGAUCUCAACAAGAUGGGAAUUCGGGCUCUGGGCGGGAAGUACCUUAAAGGCAACCAUGCCGGAGGGCUGAAGGCCAGCGCAGACUCUGUGGACAGCGCCACCCUCUGGGAAUACUGAGAAAUGACUUUUCUUUGUUCUUUAUCUGCACAAUGCUUCAAACUAUUGAAACUCAAUGUCUGCAGAUUCUUUUUUCAUACUCUUGUGUGUGUGCAGUUAUAAAUGUGUUUGGAUGGCUGUGUUGUGAAAGCUGAAUGUCACUGCAGCAGGACGCUGCAGGUAUUUCUAAUAACUGACUGGCCUUUCUGUAUUUCUACUGGAGAUUUCCAGUGACUUGUUCUGAAUGUGUCGCCACUCAUAAUGUCUUUCACUUCCAAUACGACUUACACAAGCUGUCUGAUUUUCCCAGUCUGUGAUGACUCCUGGUGACAUGUUGAAUGCUACAACUCUAACUCCUGCAUAUUAAUCUUUCUGCUGCUAUAAAGACUUCCUGGUAAGGUUCUCUGCUCUCAUUUCUUGCUGUCUGUUGAAGCGCAUUCAUACAAGGCAACCGGAUGACACAGUGUUAAUGAUUUGCAUUUGUUGGCUGUAAAUAAGGCUUCCACUGUCGCCGAAUGCUUCAAAACAUGAAACCAUGGAAACGUUGAAAGAAAAUAUGGAUGGUGAAUCCAGGAUUUGCCCAUGUGCUCUGUUCUCAGAUGUAAAGAGCUCUACAUACUUAGAAAGUGUGUCAGUGUGCAGCUUAAGAAAAUAUAAAAAUCUCUUUCAUGUGAAAUCCUGAUUGUGGUUAGAUACCGUUAGAAAUUUAAAUCCUUCCAAGAAUAAACAAUUAUAGAACAUCAAAUGGAACUUUUUUUUAUCAUUGAUCAUUUUCUAAAUUCUUUAUCUAAUUCUGCUAAAAGCACAAGUGGUGGAAAAGGACCUUUUAAAGCACAUGGAUGCACAUAAAAUACUUAUCUUGAACUGUGUAAUAAUUACUGCAAUAAUGCUUAAAAUAAAUCGUAAGCACAUUAUUAUUUUUUAUUAUCAGAGCUAAACAGGGCGCUGCUGCUCCUGGUGUCUUGUUGCUGUGCCUUCGACGGCGUAUUUACAUCUUUGUCAUUCAUGCUUUUCCAUUCUACUGAGCCAAAUGAAACUUCAAUAAAGUUUUCUCUUACACAGUCA